CUUGUUUACACUAUUGAGUAUGCUUGUUACGAAGGAAAUAUAUUACCGUAUGAUAUCGAAAAUCAUUUCAUAUACAUUUAGACACAAAAAACUGUUUACAACUUUAAUUAUUUUAUUGUUUACAUAUAUGUUCACAUGCUUUAGUAAGUUUUCUUUAGAUGGAUAUCCGCAUGUGAUUAAAAGAAUAAAUUAUGAAUUGAAUAAGGAUAAUUCUAAAAUUAAAUUGACUUGUAACAAAUGUUUUACACUGAAUGUUUCGUACUUAAUAAAUAACAAAAGCAUUUGCAAAAAUGACGCACCAGACAAAACCAUUGAUAUUUUGAUAUUAAUUUCAACAGUAAGCGAUCAUUUUGAAACUCGACAAACCCUUAGGUCAACAUGGUUAAAUUACACAAGAAAAAACACUGCUAAUGUACGUUAUGUGUUCCUUCUUGGCGAUAGAAGUGAUUAUGGUGCACAGAUGUCUGAUAUUAAGGAAAAUGCAAAGUACAAAGACAUUAUAAAAGGAAGUUUCAUCGAUACAUACAGAAACUUAACUUAUAAAACUAUCCUGGGACUGAAAUGGGCAGUGUCGUUCUGUUCAACUGCUAAGUUUGUUUUAAAAACAGACGAUGAUGUAUAUGUCAAUAUACCAAAUAUUUUGAAGUUGAUUAACAAUAAAAAGGAAGACUUGGAUAAGGCUUUGGUAGGACAUUGUACCAGUAUACAGGCAGUGGAAAGAAGAGUGAGUUCAAAAUCUUAUAUUCCUAAGAAUAUAUACACUAAUGACAUGUAUCUACCAUUUUGCUCUGGGACUGGCUAUAUAUCAAGCAUGGAUUUGAUAAAGGACAUAUACAAAGUGUCCAUUAAUGUUACUUUCUUCCCUUUAGAAGAUGUUUAUAUUGGGAUGUGUGCGAAAGUAUUAAGUGCUAAACUAAUAGAUAUAAAAGGUUUUAAAAGUGAUACUUCUAAACGAAAUCACUGUAUUUUGAAAGACAAAAACGUGUACACAAUUCAUAAUGUGAGCUCUAGCGAACUUAAAUACAUUUGGACGUCUUUCUGUCCAGGUUUGUGAAGACUUACACUCAACAGUGCUUAAAAUACACGUGUAGUACUUAACCAAGUAAGUGUGGCAGGAUAUUUUGGAACAGUUUCAAUGAAUGAUGUUGUUUUGGAAUUGCGACUGGCAUUAACAGAUGAACAUGUUUACCAGCAACAUCUGUCUGAGUUCAGUACUGCUUUAAGAAUUUAAUACGAAGUAAACGACAUUGUAUGACAUGUUUCACGUGGACUGAAUAUGAAUACAGUGAAACACCGCUCGCUCGAGCAUCGAUGACUCGAGCACCCGGGCUAGCUCGAGCAAUUCAUGUGGUCCCGGCCGAUUUCCUUCUAUUUUCUAUGUGAAAUUACCAUGGCUGGGUCGAGCAUCGAUAACUCGAUCGCUCGAACAUGACACCUGGUCCCUGUGUAUUAAUUUACUCUUUGUUGCUUCUGGCAAACUCGAGCAGAG